AAAUCAGAUGCUUUAACGUGUCCAAGUCAUAGACAGAAGUCAUGGAACCAAAUAGAGAAACUGUUGGAACAGUGGCAAACGAGAGGAUUGAUUCCAGCAGAUGAUCAACCUGGACCAACGGAAGCCCAUAGAAAAGCUGUAGUUGAACAUGAGAAUGCUGAAUACCUACAACAGGAAAAAGCAUGGAUCAAAGCCAUACAAACCCCUUGGUAUGGACCUGCUAAAAGCGCUAUGAAAAAAGCUGAAAAAAGAAAAGUUAGGGUUACAUGUCUGUUAAUCCAUCUGACAUCCAUCGCAGAAGAUCUGCCAGUAAAUGAAGACACAGCAGAAAUGACAAAAGAGGCUCCACUUAUCCAAACUCCAAAGCAGUAUCCAAGCCUGACCGAAGUGUCUCCUCCAGACAUAUCAGAGAACAACCCUUCUCACCAAGCUUCGAUUCAAGCCCCAAAUGAGAAAGAAUUGGCAUAUGAGGUAAGAAUCCUAUCCAGUGUCAACCAGCUGAUGGAAGAACUCGGCAGAAGAAUGGAAGCAGAACUCAGCAGAAGAAUGGAUGCAGAACUCGGCAGAAGACAGGAAGAACUCGACAAAAGAAUGGAGGAACUCGACAGAAGAAUGGAAGAACUCGACAGAAGAAUGGAAGAGGAGCUCAACAGAAGCAUUGAAGCAGAACUCAUCAGAGGAAUGGAAGAGAGACGAAAGGCAGAUGAAGCCCAUAAUGACAUUAUUGCAGAAAGACAAAGGGAGGAAGAUAAAUACCAACUACUUCUGGCGGAGAGGCAACAAGACGAUGUAAGAUUCCAGGACAUAAUGGCAGAUAGACAAAGGAGAGAACAAGAAGAACGAAGAACUCAUAGAAAACGCAGAACAAACUACUCUCCUGACUAUUCCAAUGGACGGGGAGAUGAAGAUGACGACAGCGGUACACAGUCUGAAACCAGUAGACACUCCCCAUACCAUGAACAGUCACAGCAACAACGCAGUUUUGCAUCUCCUCCUGAGAAUAAUAGUAGCGACGAAAACGAGCAACAUUACCCUGGGACAUGCCCCAAAACUAGAAGAACCAAGACAACUAGAAGAACCAAGACAACUAAAAGAACCAAGACCGGUGCACAUACCUCCAUGCCAUUGAUAGCGGCUGGAAGAGGAGGAUUUCAAUACCAAUGGACUCACAGGGACAUGGAAGCAUUAGUGUCAAAGCUACCUCCACUCACGAAAGGAGGUCAGAAGUGGGUUACUGAUCUGGAGAAGUACACUGUUCAAGACCACCUGUGCUUGGGAGACAUGAGGGCCCUGCUUGGACGGAUAGAAGGAAGACUAGAGGCAAGAGCAGUAGAUUCCAAGGCCAAUUGCACGCACGACCCAGAUGAAACUUCAUUCAACAAUAUCAGGUCGAAUUAUUGGGCUGCUAUUCGUCACAUCUACCCGACAACACACAGUUUACAUGCCCUCAACAGCCUGAGAAAAGAACCGGGGGAAGAAAUGCAUGCCUUCUUGAAGAGAUGUGAAGGAGUGUGGGAGGACUGCACUGGAGAACGGCAUGACGUUUCUCCGGCUGUUGUAAUGUUGUGGAAGAACGCUGUCAUUAAAGCCCUUCCCCGAUCAGUGCAGGCAGGCCUGGGAGACGUGGUGGGAUUAGACGCUAAACCCAUUGAAGAAUGGAGACUACAUCUCAUUCACCACGAUAUGAAAUACCAGUACAGCCGCAAGCACAGGUAUACACUCCCAUACAGCAUCAACAAAAGGGACAAUGGAGAGGAAAGCAACGAUCAAGAGGAAGAAGGGAUGAUGGCUGCUUCAUAUGUGGAGAUUGUAGACAUCUGGCCAGAGAUUGCCCCACUCAGCAAUAUCCACCACAAGGUAGCACCUCACAAUACAGAGGAGAACCAGUGUUAG